GGAUUUUUUUUAUUUUCCAUAGAUGGGCUCUCUGUAUAUUUUUACUAUGUAGAAAGAGUUGAGCUGGUGGCUCUUGCAUAUAAGCUCUUGCAUAUUGUUGUGUUAUUAUAAUCCCUGUUGCUUUUUGUCUUCUGUCAUUGCUGUUUCCAUUACUUUUCACUUGGAUAGAAUAAUAGAAUUGUAGAGUUGGAGGGUCAUUUAGUGCAACCCCCUGGAGUGCAGAAAUCUUGGUCAAUGUGGGACUCAAACCCCCGGCUCUGAGAUUAAGAGUCUAAUGCCAUUAUGAUGAAUGUACCGGUAUAUGCAGUGAAUACCAUCAUUUAAUCAUAAAUUCUCAUACCUAAGCAAGACUUCCUGAUUUCCAGGUGUGGGUCCAUAACAUCAGUGCCAUUAAUCAAAAUGCUCUGGGCUAUGACUUUAACCAUGAAAUGUUUCAUGUAGUUUUCCAUGUUGAAAGCAGAUCUUCAUUUAGUUCCUCAUUUAGAGAAUGUACCGGUACUUCUGUUUUCUAUAAAGGACUGAAAACUGAGUGUGAUGUACUGUACAGUACUUCAGUCCUAAGCAGUUUGAUCAUAUCUCACCAAUUUACAUCAGGUUAUGCAUUUGUUUCCACCCUCAGUUUAAAGUGCUGAUACUAACUCUUAAAACCCUGAAUGGUUUGGGAACAGUUUAUUUGAAAGAUUGCCCAGACUCAACUGGUUGAAUCCUUAAGAUUGGCCUUGGAGGCGUGAUAAGGUUGAUCCUGUUGAUGGAAAGCAAGAACGCAGAUUUUUCACUUGUGGAAUUUCCUCCUGUGAGAACUCAAUUCGGCCUCCUCCUCGCCUAAGGCUUUUAAGUGGACCUGCCAAGCUUUUGGGGUAUGUGUGUGACCCCAGUACAUGAGUUGUCUUGACAAUAAAUGCUUUAAUUGCAAGCUGCCUUGUGCAAUCUUCUUGUAACAGCCUGGCAUAAAUAUAUUGAAUAACUAGCUGACCCGGCCACGCGUUGCUGUGGUUCUUUCCUGUGAUCCCCCCCACCCUGUCACGAUCCAUGACGUAUCCUGCCCCUCCACCCCAGCUCAUCCCUGUGUUUCCGUAGGAUACCCUUCCCUCUGUUGUCCCUGGGGAGUGUUGGCCUCUCCCCCCUGUUUCUCCAUACCUUGGCCCCCACCCUCGAAAAGGAACUGUUAGGUUCUGCGUUCUAUUUCCCAGCAUGCACCUUUGUCUGAACCCUCUGUUGUUCCUGGGGAGUGUUGGCCCCUACCCCUGUAUCUUCCUACAUUGGCCCCCAUCCUUGGAGAAGGAACUGUCAGUUUCUGGGUUCCAUUUCCCAGUAUUUACUUUUGUCUGAGCCCUCUGUUGUCCCCUCCCCCCUGUAUCUCCAUACAUUGGCCCCUGCGCACGCAUCAUGAACAUUUCUAUAUAUUUAGAUUAAGGAUCGGGGGUGAUGAUGUGCCCUGGGACCCAGAGAACUACUUAAAGAAUCCCAACCCAGGGAGGGGGGGUCAAAUAGCGAAGCCCCAUAGCCCCGUAGCAACAGACAGGCCCAGACAGAAGGUGGAGGUCAUAUGGGGCACUUGGCGCGGGCCUCCGAAUCUAAAGGGGGCCUCGGUCUGCAUAUUCACAAUCAGUAAAAUUAAAAAGUAACAAAAGGGUUAAAAGCAGGGCCACAUUAUCUACCUGGCCCGGGCCCUGUAAGGGCCUGGCAACAGAAGGCGCGUUCUGAAGUACCCGAGUUGUUCAGUUCCAUAAAAAAAACCCAGGAAGUGGCAAGGGGAAGGUAUGGAAUUGUAAAUGGGGUGGGGGGUGUGCACUGCAAAUAUCUGAGGACUUAAACUGGGGAGAGAAAGUGAAUGGUUGUUUUUUUAUAAUAAUAAAAAGACACAGAGGCUUAUUUUUGUCUUGUGGAUUUUUUGGGGGUAGUGUUGCUAAAUGGUAAAGUAAAAACCCCUUGCCGUGCAGGGGCCUACAUAAAUCAAAGGCCGUGCUGCGUCCUGUGGCAACCCCCCCCCCAGGCAGGCCCCGACCUCCACUUGGCAAUGUUGGUUUUUUGGUGGGGUUUUUUUGGUGGGGGGUAGUGUUGCUAAAUGGUAAAGUAAAAACCCCUUGCCGUGCCCCCAAGUGCGUUGCUGUGGGUCCCCCCCCCGGGCCUGUCAGGGGCCUAAAACAAAGGCCUAGAUAAUGGCCGCCUUGGUGUGUUUCAGUUGCUUGGUUGAUGAUGAUGUCAUUUGGUUUGUGGGUGUGGCUUAGAUUUCACAGGAAGGGAGGGGGUGUACUGUGGGAGGAAUUCCACUUGAGGGCGCUGUUUGAGUUGGUGGAAAACCAGGUCUGUACCUGCGCAGGUGUGCGAUUUGAGGGAUUUAUGCCCCCAACAACACGCAGGGAGUGGCCUGGAUCAUUGUGUCAAAAUUUCAUGACGAUCGGUCAAGCGGUUACGGAGAAAAGUGGAACCUGGAUUUUCACGAUUUUUACAUUUUUAUAUAUAUAUAUAGAUGUAUAGCCUCUUUGGGAAGGGCGCCUCAAGUCCACAGUGUGAAAGUGUGUCAUUGUAUUGCACAUUGUCUGUGCUGCAGUAAAUAUGUAUCCAGUCUCCCUCCCUCUUCCAUGCACUGAUGUAUCGUGGCCUUGCUGUAGUAUUUGGUCUGCAGAGCUAAGGACCAAGCAGCAGUAGUGCAAAGCAGGAGAGACAGGAAAAACAGCAGACAAGAUUUAAUGCUGUAACUGGGCCUGUGGACCCUCCUGUUAUUCCGUCAUGCUACAGUCCUCUCUCCCCAAAGCUGGCCACUUAUGUAAUAAAUCAGGGAUGAAGCAAAUAUGUUAAAGGCAGGCUGUGUCUAUAACAUUGUUUCCUUUUUAAGGCUGUACAUAUAGUCCUCACAUGUACAGCGAAUGUAGCAGCUGUAAGCUUUUUGUGGCAGCUGUAAAUUUUGCUCUGUUAAGCUCUGUGUACUGUAUGUUGUUGGAGCUAUAUAAGCAUCUGCUAAACAUAAUAACUUUUCUGAAAGUUUCUCAGAUAAAAGUAUUGAUAUUGAUAAAGCGUCCUUUAAAAAACAUGUGGCUGUAGAAUGGCACGAUUUGUCACACACAAUUUUGCCACUGAAAUUAGUAAAGGCUAUGUUUAUGCCAGGUUUGUUGUAACAGACAAUUUCUUUAAAGCUGGGUAUAUGUCAGUUUACCCCCAGUUGCCAUCCAUGUGAACUUUCUCACAAUACCCGUGAACUUGGUAAACAAAUGCCACUGUACUCAUUAGAAUUAGUUAUAGUGUUUGUAUUCAGUACUGUCAGACUAAGAGACUACAGACAGUUGGUAUCUGGUAAUUCAUUUCCCUGUUUAGCAAUGGGAAAAAAUGCCCAUUUUUAGACGGCAAAGAGAAGGACUUUGAUUCAGUUUGUGAACUGAAUGGAACAUUGCAGCAUUGUUGAAUGGGGGCUUAAAGUUCUCCGUUGUUUUGGUUUGGUCCUGCAGAAUAUUGGAGAAAUUUCAAGAGGUUGAAGAUCAUUAGUAUAAUGUUGAGAGAUCAGAUUGAAUGAUCAGAUUGAAUUCUGCUGCUUUCAGAACAGAGUAUCUAGGUUAUAGGACGCUGGUGGCUUUGAAACUUCAUUUCAGGUAAUCUGUUGGUUUGUAUGUCAGGGUGGGUGAGGUGCUAAGCAAAAAGUGUGCAUGUUAGAGGUUUUGAUGUAUUGCACUGUUUGCUUGGAGGGGAAUAACGUAUGUUUAGGCCACCCAUCAAAAAUAUAAAAUGAUACCUAAAAUGAAUUAACAGUGUAAUGCAAUUAAGUAGGCAUUUAGUGCGUCUGCAGAGAGGGGAUUGUUGAAUGUUGAUAGUUGCUCUUUGUAUAUGUAAGUAAAAAUAAAAUAUUUCAAAAAGAAAUAAAUUAUGGGAAAGUGGGUAAUUUUAUUUUUAUGUAUAGGUUCUGAGGCUUGAAGUUGUCCAACUGUUUAAUUGUUUUGAUUUUUAAAUUGAUUAGCCAGGAAAAUCCAAAGUAGCCCCUGAGGCUGCAUUGCAACCAUAUCACAGGUAUUUUUUUCAAAGCUAGCUACACCAUGCACGCUACAUGUCCUCUCCAGUCAUGCAACUGAUUGUGCACACACAUGCAGGCAUGCAGACACAUGUGUGUAAUAAGUAUGGUUAUUCUUCUUGACCUCAGGGGUUGGGGUGGCUAGAAAUGCUGCAUUUUAUUCCAGAUCAGUUAUGAACAAGUUAAAAGCACUGACCCCCAUUACAGAGCCUUAUGGGGAGCUUACAACUUGCAUCCCUUCAUUGCAAGAACUGUCCCUUCCUUUCCCUCUACUUCCUGUUCUUUAGCCAGUUACCAGUCCAUAAGAGGACCUCGUUACUGCUGUCUUUGCUCAGGAGUCUUGGUCGGGGACUGUGUCAAAAGCUUUUAAAAGGUUGGUGAGACAGGACUCGCCUUUAUAUAAGACACACUGAUUCUUUUUCAGCAAAACCUGUUUUGUAUGCUUGCUUAUUUUAUACUUAGUAAUGCUGUCCAACCUAGCAGUUUGAAAACACACCAAAAAUGCAAGUAGAUAAAUAGGUACCGCUCCAGCAGGAAGGUAAAUGGCGUUUCCGUGCGCUGCUCUGGUUCGCUAGAAGUGGUUUAGUCAUGCUGGCCACAUUACUCGGAAGCUGUCUGUGGACAAACGCCAGCUCCCUUGACCUAUAGAGCAAGAUGAGUGCGCAACCCCAGAGUCGUCCACGACUGGACCUAAUGGUCAGGGGUACCUUUACCUUUAAUGCUGUCCACCAGCUUAACCUGUGCACAUAUAAUUUCCUUUAUUCUCCCUGGAUCCCAUUUAGAAAAUUUGGUGCUAUUUGACCAUUUUCUAGAUCUUUGAUAAAGAGGCUGAUCUUGAGGACAAGUUAUAUCUUUUUGGUAGAAGAUCAGUAAUUUCACAUUUGAGUUGUUUAAGAACUCUUGGAUGAAUACAGUCUGAAAAUCUCACUGACAAAGGAAGUGUAUAUCUGGUUGUCUCUGUAGUUUAGUCAUUAUCUACUUAGAGCAGUGGUGUUUAAGCUUCACCUUCAGGGAAUCAUUUCCUCAACAACUUGUGCUGAUGAACUCCUGCUGCAAAACUAUUCUAUGUUCUAUGACUUUGGUCUGAGGUGCAUACUUGAUUUAUGUGGAGCUCUUGCCAUGUCAUUCGAGUCUAACUAUGUCUUGCAUGAAUUGAUCAUUGCAUACUAUAAUGUAUGUAUUAUAGUAUAAUACAUCCUGGCUGCUACCCAUUGCUGGGGACGAUCAGUAGGAGGAUGCAAACUACCAAGGGCAUUUACAUUACAGAUUUCUUGUUAUAGAACUUCAGGAUGCCCUACAACACAGGAAACUACUGUCUUAUAGCAUUGAUCCAUAUGAACUUUAACCAACUUUAACCUUGAAGCCAAGGAGGACCAUUGAAUGGAAGAGUUCAAGCUUAAUCUCUGUCAUGGCCAAAUCACUUUUCAUUUCAGUUUCCCAUCUGUAAAUGGGAAUAAUAACAACAACAACAAUAAUACUAGUUUAAUAAUAAUUACUGUUUGGAGUUCUUCCCUACCUUUACCGUGAAGUCCCAGGGUGGAUUACAGUAAUUUAAAGAUGCAAUAUUAAAGUAAGUUAAAAUGAAAUAACAGUCAAGAGAAUAGGGUGGGUAAUAUAUGUCUCAGGUGUAAAUGGUGCAACUUAAACAAUAAUGUACGAACAUGAGUUUGACCAAACUGCGGGAAGCAGUGCAAGACAGGAGUGCCUGGCGUGCUAUGGUCCGUGGGGUCACGAAGAGUCAGACACGACUAAACGACUAAACAACAACAAAAUAAUAAUGGCCUGAUUUAAGAGGCUAUGAGUGAAUAGUAAAACUUUAAUCUGCAAGUGUUACAGUUCAGUUGUGUACAGGAAGGUAUCUUCCUUAGAUGCUAAGCAAUUUGAACAAUAAAAAAACCAACAGAUUAUAUAUACUUUGAGAGAACUUCCUUCAGCCUUAACUAUGCCAAGAAUAAUUUUGUGAUAUUUAGAACUGUAGUUUGUUACGUUGGCUUUGACCCAAAGGUUCCCUAUUGAAUAGAAAGGCAGUUGGAGGGUGUCCCAACUUCAUCAUUUCUCCUUCCUGCUGCAGCCCACCCAACCUAUGCUACAGACCAUAUUGUUCCAGAAGUUUUGUAUCUUUUGCACUGUAUACUAGACCUCAAUACAAGUAAAACUAAAUCCAUCAACCUUUCCUAUUACAGCAUUGUGCAAAUUUAGGCUUGUUUUCCUCCUGUUGCUCACAGUUGCUUGGUUCUAACUCAUUGUGGAAAUGUACUAGCAGUGACUUGGAUCCUAACUUUCCUUCCAGGAGUCAAUAGAGUCCAUGUUCCUAGACUGCCACUUCCACCAUUUCCUUUCCUUCUGCAGCCCCAUGAAAAUCCUCUCUUGCAGGUUGGGCAGUUUGGGAAGCCAUGGAAGAUUAUAGAUGUAGGGGGAAAGUUGGUAGAAAUCAUUCGCUCUCACACAUGAAUGGAUGAGCAACUUGAGAUCCAAGCCUAUGUUCCCAUCCUGAUAGUGGCUUAGAAGUUGCCUUCUUGAUUUUAUUGCCUUGGUCUUUUGAAGAGACAGAAUAAUAGUUAGCAGCGAACUUCAACCUAUGGUGUUUCAAGGGCUUGAUGGAGGAAAAUGCCUAAUCUGUUUUCAUUUUGUUCUAGUAGUGAGGAAAUGGUAGUUCUACUCAAGACUUUAUGCUCUUCCUGAUUUGCUUGGCAGGAUGUGUGGGGCUUUUUUUCAUGGAGACAGAACAAACCUGGAAGGAGACAAAACAGCUAAUGGCUUCUGAGUCUAUGGUCCCAGAGCAAGCAAAGCAUCAUGUGGUAAAAGGCAGAAGGCAGCAUCCACAAGAAAGGUCACCUUUGAACAGUGAUGGUGAAGAAGAAACAUUUGUAUUCGAAGCAAAUGAAGCUUGGAAGGAUUUUCACAGCUCCCUCCUCCGUUUCUAUGAAGCUGGGGAGCUUUGCGACGUUACGCUGAAGGUGGGUUCGAAGUUGAUCUCCUGUCACAAGCUUGCCCUGGCUUGUGUUAUUCCAUACUUCCGAGCUAUGUUCCUUUCUGAAAUGGCAGAAGCUAAACAGACAUUGAUUGAGAUCAAAGACUUUGAUGGUGAUGCCAUAGAAGAUUUGGUCAAAUUCGUCUAUUCAUCUCGACUGACUCUGACGGUAGACAAUGUCCAGCCUCUCUUAUAUGCGGCCUGCAUUCUGCAGGUAGAGGUAGUGGCCAAAGCUUGCUGUGAAUACAUGAAACUACACUUCCAUCCUUCAAAUUGCCUGGCAGUGAGAUCCUUUGCGGAGAGCCACAAUCGUAUUGACUUGAUGGAUAUGGCCGACCGCUAUGCCUGUGAACAUUUUGCUGAAGUGGUGGAAUGUGAAGAUUUUGUGAGUGUGUCACCUCAGCACCUCCAUAAACUGUUGUCUUCCAGUGACCUGAGCAUUGAAAGUGAAAAGCAGGUUUAUGGUGCUGCUAUUAAGUGGCUUCUGGCCAAUCCACAGCAUCACGCUACAUGGUUAGAUGAAAUAGUUGCUCAGGUGCGCCUACCACUGUUACCCAUUUGUUUUCUCAUGGGAGUAGUGGCAAAAGAAGAAAUUCUCAAACAGAACCUAAAAUGUCGGGACUUGCUGGAUGAAGCAAGAAACUACCACCUUCACCUAAGUAGUCAUACAGUGCCAGAUUUUGAGUAUUCUGUACGGACAACACCAAGGAAACGCACAGCAGGUGUCCUUUUCUGUGUUGGUGGUCGUGGUGGAUCUGGCGACCCAUUUCGCAGCAUUGAAUGCUACUCUAUAAAUAAGAACAGCUGGUUUUUUGGCCCUGAAAUGAACAGUAGGAGGAGGCAUGUGGGUGUAAUCUCUGUGGGAGGUAAAGUUUAUGCAGUGGGUGGACAUGAUGGAAAUGAACAUCUGGGCAGCAUGGAAAUGUUUGAUCCUCUCACAAAUAAAUGGAUGUUGAAAGCAUCAAUGAAUACCAAAAGGAGAGGAAUUGCUCUGGCUUCUCUUGGAGGCCCCAUUUAUGCUAUUGGGGGACUGGAUGAUAACACUUGCUUCAGCGAUGUGGAGAGAUACGACAUUGAAUCUGAUCAGUGGAGUGCUGUAGCACCUAUGAAUACGCCCCGGGGAGGUGUUGGUUCUGUGGCUCUUGUGAACCAUGUAUAUGCUGUUGGUGGAAAUGAUGGUGUAGCUUCUCUCUCCAGCGUGGAGAAGUAUGAUCCUCAUCUAGAUAAAUGGAUAGAAGUGAAAGAAAUGGGUCAGCGAAGAGCUGGCAAUGGGGUUAGUGAACUCCAUGGCUGCCUAUAUGUGGUAGGUGGCUUUGAUGACAAUUCUCCUCUGAGCUCUGUUGAACGAUUUGACCCUCGCAGCAACAAGUGGGAAUACGUAGCGGAGCUUACGACGCCUCGGGGUGGAGUUGGCAUAGCAACAUUAAUGGGCAAAAUCUUUGCUGUUGGAGGGCAUAAUGGAAAUGCUUAUCUGAAUACAGUGGAAGCCUUCGAUCCUGCGGCGAACAGGUGGGAGCUUGUUGGUUCUGUGUCUGACUGCAGAGCUGGGGCUGGUGUAGCCGUGUGUGCCUGCCUUGGCAGCCAGAUCCGCGACGUGGGUCAAGGGUCCAGCAAUGUGGUGGAUUGCAUGUAAAUUUGAAGACUUUGUGAAAUGCCACAAUAAUUUACGACCUUUGUGCAAAGACUUUUUGAUUUUUUUGAGUAUGUGUAGAUACUCAAAAGCUUUUUUUAUUUAUAGAACUUGUUGCAUAGCUGUCAAACUUCGGAUUUGGAAAUGAGGAAUCCUAUUGGGCUGUCAACUGUCGGAAAUGAAAGUAAGGGCGCUGAAUAAGGGAAUUUCUCGCAAAAAUGGGGAACGUUGACAGCACUGCUUCAUGUGCAUACCUGGUUGCAAACCAUGGUUUAGCAUUACAUGCAUGAGCUGGAUCAAGUUCGGUGCAUCCUUGGGCUUCUUUUCCUUCUUCUCUCCUUCGUCUUGGGCAAUGUUUAGUUUCACUUUCCCUGAAUCUCAGCCUUUCUUCUCAUCUGGACCAGGGAUCCUGAUUUCUCUCAAAUCCUGGUUAAACAACCCACCUUCAUGGAAACCUGAGGUCGCGCCUUGCUGUAAUUUGUGAGAAUGGUGGCGUUGGCUGCUUUUGCCAAGCUCCCAGCAAUCAACUCUGCCACUGUUUUGUUGGUGGGAACAAAUGAAGAUUUCCAAGAGCAGCUAGCAGAGACAACGCUUAAGGGGAAAAAAAAAGAUUUUAAAAUAAAUAUCCACUUGACAAGGUCUCUUCCUUUACCUGCAGAGAGAGAUCACACCCGGCCUCGAAUUGAUGCUUUCUGGUCAUAGGUGCAUGUUGAAUGAAUCAAAUAAGUGUGGACGUGGACGCUGUCUUGAAGCUGGCAGGUUGUUACUGCAGCCCUGUUCUGUUCUGUUCUGUGAACUGGAAUGUGAGAAUAUCAGGAUUUCCACACUUUGGCAGCUGCUCCGGAUGCUGCAAAUAUGUGCUGAUCAUGUGUCAGUAGUUUCUGCACACUCCUUCAGUUCGUCAAUGGGAAGUUACAUUGAUUACUCCAGUAUCAUGGAAUAAAGCUUUCUAUUUUUCACUUAUCA